AUGGCGGCAGAACCUGAUCAUGUCGAACACCACAAGAAGAAGGUGAACCUCAACGAUGCAUCCGGCUCGGAGCACAAGGCAGCUGAUGACACGGCGACUGCCAUCCUGAAGAAGAAGAAGAAGCCCAACUCGUUGAUGGUUACCGAUGCCGUCAACGAUGACAACUCCGUUAUUGCACUCUCCAACAACACUAUGGAGACCCUACAACUCUUCCGUGGCGAUACUGUACUUGUGAAGGGCAAGAAGCGCAAGGAUACUGUUCUCAUCGUCCUUGCUGAUGAUGAAUUGGAUGAUGGUAGCGCACGUAUGAACCGUGUGGUCAGACAUAAUCUCCGCGUCAAGCACGGCGAUAUCGUCACUGUCCACCCAUGUCCGGACAUCAAAUAUGCCAAGCGUAUUGCCGUCCUUCCCAUUGCCGAUACUGUCGAAGGCCUGACUGGCUCCCUCUUCGAUGUUUUCCUUGCCCCAUAUUUCCGCGAAGCAUACCGACCUGUUCGACAAGGCGAUUUGUUCACAGUUCGAGGUGGUAUGAGACAAGUAGAGUUUAAAGUCGUUGAGGUUGAUCCUCCUGAGUAUGGCAUUGUGGCACAAGAUACAGUUAUCCACUGCGAAGGAGAGCCCAUUCAACGCGAGGACGAGGAAGGAAACCUGAAUGAGGUCGGAUACGACGAUAUUGGAGGAUGCAGAAAGCAGAUGGCACAGAUCCGAGAGAUGGUGGAGCUUCCGUUACGACACCCCCAGCUCUUCAAGUCCAUUGGUAUCAAGCCUCCCCGUGGUGUUCUUAUGUUUGGCCCUCCAGGUACCGGUAAGACACUCAUGGCACGAGCUGUGGCAAACGAGACUGGUGCAUUCUUCUUCUUGAUCAACGGUCCCGAAAUCAUGUCGAAGAUGGCCGGUGAGUCCGAAUCGAAUCUCCGAAAGGCUUUCGAGGAGGCUGAGAAGAACUCCCCUGCGAUCAUCUUCAUUGAUGAGAUCGACUCUAUUGCGCCAAAGCGUGACAAGACUAACGGAGAAGUCGAACGCCGUGUUGUUUCUCAACUUCUUACCCUCAUGGACGGCAUGAAGGCUCGAUCCAACGUUGUUGUCAUGGCCGCCACCAACCGACCCAACUCCAUCGAUCCUGCCCUCCGUCGUUUUGGUCGUUUCGAUCGUGAAGUCGAUAUUGGCAUUCCCGACCCGACUGGUCGUCUUGAGAUUCUUCAAAUCCACACAAAGAACAUGAAGUUGGGUGAAGAUGUUGAUCUUGAGCAAAUUGCUUCCGAGACUCACGGUUAUGUCGGUUCUGAUAUUGCCUCGCUCUGCUCAGAAGCUGCCAUGCAGCAGAUUCGUGAGAAGAUGGAUCUCAUUGACCUUGACGAGGAUACUAUUGAUGCUGAGGUUUUGGAUUCCUUGGGAGUUACUAUGGAGAACUUCCGAUUUGCCCUGGGCGUCAGCAACCCCUCUGCUCUUCGCGAGGUUGCAGUUGUCGAGGUGCCGAAUGUUCGCUGGGACGACAUUGGAGGAUUAGAAGAAGUCAAGCGCGAACUCAUCGAGAGUGUCCAAUACCCGGUCGACCAUCCGGAGAAGUUCCUCAAGUUUGGUCUCUCUCCAUCUCGUGGUGUUCUCUUUUACGGUCCUCCUGGUACUGGUAAGACUUUGCUUGCCAAGGCAGUCGCCAACGAGUGUUCAGCCAACUUCAUUUCCGUCAAGGGCCCUGAGUUGUUGAGCAUGUGGUUUGGUGAGUCUGAGAGCAACAUUAGAGAUAUCUUCGACAAGGCUAGAGCUGCUGCUCCUUGUGUGGUGUUCUUAGAUGAGUUGGACUCCAUUGCGAAAUCACGUGGUGGAUCAGUCGGAGAUGCUGGUGGAGCUUCGGAUCGUGUUGUCAACCAACUUUUAACUGAAAUGGAUGGUAUGACUUCAAAGAAGAACGUUUUCGUUAUCGGUGCCACCAACAGACCUGAGCAACUCGACAAUGCUCUUUGCAGACCUGGUCGUCUCGAUACCCUCGUCUACGUCCCUCUGCCCAACGAAUCGUCUCGUGCUGGUAUACUCAAGGCACAACUCCGAAAGACACCCGUUGCCCCAGAUGUCGACCUCGCAUACAUCGCAUCUCGCACCCAUGGAUUCUCUGGUGCUGAUUUGGGAUUCAUCACUCAACGUGCCGUCAAGCUUGCCAUCAAGGAGGCCAUCUCUCUGGAUAUUGACCGCCGCAAGGCUCGCGAGGCCGCUGGCGAGGACGUCGACAUGGAGGAUGACGAGGCAGAGGACCCUGUUCCUCAAUUAACCAAGGCUCAUUUCGAGGAGGCUAUGGCUUCAGCUAGACGCUCAGUCAGCGAUGUUGAGAUCCGCCGAUAUGAGGCCUUCGCUCAGAGCAUGAAGAGUGCCGGACCUGGUGCAUUCUUCAAGUUCCCUGAGGCCGGUGAGGCAGCUGCCAAUGCUGAUGGAGGAGCUGGUGGGUUUGGGGACGCAGGAAACGACGACAGUCUCUACGACUAG